AUGGCUCAAGCUUUUGAUCGGAAAAAAGAAUUGAACAGGUGCAGUUACAAAACUCUCAGCAGAAUUCUCGUCCUCAUCAUUGUUAUUCUUUCUUGUGCUUUUGGAUAUAUGGUAUACAAAGUGGAUAAAGAGACAUGUGAUAAAAAUGAAUUAUCUAAGGAGCUCUGUGUGAACAAUUCAGCUUUAAAACUUGAAGAUUGUCGUCUGUGUCCUUAUCAUUGGUGGCUACAUGGAGAGCAGUGUUAUUACUACUCAGAUACAGGCAGAACAUGGAAUCAGAGCCGGGAUCAUUGUAAGGAGAUGGGAGCCGAUCUACUGGUCAUAAAGGAUCAGGAGCAACAGAAGUUUAUCCGGGGAAUUCACAGUAAACAGGAGGGAGAUGACUCAUAUUGGAUUGGACUUCACCAUGAUGGAGUCGGCUGGAGAUGGGUGGAUGGAGAACAAUAUAACAGCAGCUUGUUCAGGAUAAAGGAACAAUCAUCAGGACUAUGCGUAUUAAUGACCAGAUCUAAUUAUUCUCAGGGACACUGCAUGUCUGCAAAAGGAUCUAUAUGUGUAAAGAAAUCUGUGAGGAUCUGA